AUGGCAUCUAGUAGCAGUGAGGGGAGAGUUUUAGAGGUAGAGAAAGAAACCAUUCCUCUGGAAGAGGAAGAGACGGAAGUAUUACGACUCCCAGGCAGCAGAGAAGAAGUGGCGAUUGACACCAGAUGGUGUCUGGUGGGAAAGCUUUUAACAGGUAGAGUUUCAGAUUUCAAUGUGUUUCAAAACAUGAUGGCCUUCCUUUGGCAGCCGGGGAUGGGAAUGUAUGUUAAGGAACUCAACCCGAACUUAUUUCUCAUCCAAUUUCACCAUGAGAUUGAUAUACAAAGGGUAAUUGAUGGGAGUCCGUGGACCUACGAUCGGAAGCCUUUUAUUUUUACGAGGUUGAAGGAAGGAGAUAACCCAAGGCUUGUUGAAAUUAACAACCUUGAUAUGUGGGUUCAAAUACACAACUUACAAACGGGUAACAUGACGCUUAGUGUUGUGAUGGCUCUUGGAAAUUACAUUGGUACUUUCAUUGAAUCGGAUCCUAAUAAUUUCGUGGGCAUUUGGCGGGAUUACCUUCGCGUGAGAGUCCGAAUAAAUGUUGACAAGCCUAUUAAACGGCGAAUGAAGAUAAGCAUCGAUAAUCUCUCUUGGUACUGGGCUAAUUUCAAGUAUGAAAAAAUCCCAACCUUUUGUUUCAUAUGCGGGAUCAUAGGGCAUUCGGAGAAGUUCUGUCCCAGACUGUUCUUAAAGCCGUUACAUUUACAUGAGAAGCCUUAUAGUUUGGAGCAGAAGGCCACGACACAGAGGAGACAGUCAACAUUUGGAGCACAGUGGCUCCGGUCUGGUGCGGCGGUGCGUGAAUCUCAAGGAAGCAGCACUGAACAGGGUGUCAAUUUAGUUCCUAGAAAUGUGGAGAAUACAGGGGAAUUGAUUGGCAAAAAUCAAGGUCAUGAUAUGUUUAAGGAUUCUUUGCCAAAUGCUGGGCGUAAUCAUAGCAAGGGGACACAAGGAAUAAAUGAGGAAGAUUUGACUUUAAAUGUCAAUAGUAAUGAAAACUUUUUUGAUUCUACCAUUACUACAAUGGUUGACUCAAAGAGAAGAAGGCCAGAUUCCACUUUGGGAAACUUUGUGGGCCCACGUGUGUGA